AUGUUGGCUGGGUGUUCUUCUACAUUGUUGUCGCCGAGGCAUAGAUUGAGAAGUGAAGGAUCUGGACAGUUUCAAGUUUGCCAUCUACCUUCAAUGAGUACCCAAAGAUUGGAUUUGCCAUGUAGUUUUGGUCGAAAAGAUGCCCCGAGGUCAUCUCAAUCGAUUAGGCCUGUAGGCCUCUCCAUUGAUAAGCCUAUUGAAGCAAAGACUGCUAAUUGUUCUCUUAGGCAAAAUAUCAAACUCCCACCUUCAGCAAUCACAGAGGGUCGGAGAGAAAGCAAUGAUGAAUUUUGGGAGAAGAGUAAAAAGAAGAGGUAUGCAGAGGAAGGGUCUUACGAUGAGGAGAUUGGGAUGGAUAGAGUAAAGAGGAAAAGGGGCAGUGAAAAAUCUGAAGAUUGUGAAGAAGAAGGUGGAAACUUGAGUUUAGGCCAUUUGGUGGGUGGUGGGAAUUUAUGGUUUCACCCUGGCUUUGAUGUGCCACGGUCUGUUCCACUUGCAGGGCUUAAUCCACCUCAAGUGCCUUCCUCUCUUUCAUGUUCCGGAGAAGAAGAAAGGGUGUGCUUUGUGCCAAGCAAUGUGAUAGCUCCGCCAUUACCUCCUUUAUCAAAUAGCCCUUGGUUGGAACCUAUUGGGAACAAGAUUACGUACGUAGGUGACAAGAACGCAGAGACAAGCCAGGGUCCUGCACAAGAGGGCUCGCGAUCUUCGAGUACUUCAUCAGAGAGUGGUCGCUUGGUUCUUAGGCUGAAUGAGAAUCCUGGGGAGCAUGAAACAGGUAAUGGUUCGAUGCCACCUAAUCCGAGGGACAGGGUUGAGGUUGUAGCAGGACAGAAUGGUGAAAACAACCACAGGGAACGUGACGAUAUUGAGCUUGUCAACUUCCUUGUGGCUUGUGUUGAAGCAAUUCAUUUAAAGAACAUUGCCAAUAUCAACCAUUUUAUAGCUAGACUGGGGGAACUUGCUUCACCAAGGGGUUCCCCCAUUCGUCGCCUCGCUGCGUACUUCACUGAGGCGUUAGCUCUGCGAGUUGCAAGGUUAUGGCCUCAUAUCUUUCACAUUACCAUUCCUCGGGAGUUUGAUCAGGUGGAUGAUACGAGUGGCACUGCUUUAAGGAUUUUAAAUGAGGUAAGCCCAUUUCCAAAGUUCAUACAUUUCACCUCAAAUGAAAUUCUACUGAGGGCUUUUGAAGGAAAGGACUGUGUUCACAUCAUAGAUUUUGACAUAAAACAAGGGCUGCAGUGGCCAAGUCUGUUUCAGAGUUUGGCUUCUAGGACUAAUCCUCCUAGCCAUGUAAGAAUUACCGGUGUUGGUGAAUCAAAACAGGAGUUGAUAGAAACGGGCAAUAGACUUGCCGGAUUUGCUGCGGUAUUGAAUCUACCAUUUGAAUUCCACCCCGUAGUUGACAGAUUGGAAGAUGUGAGGUUGUGGAUGCUUCAUGUUAAGGAGAAUGAAACUGUGGCUGUCAAUUGUGUAUUUCAGAUGCACAAGUUGCUCUACGAUAGUACCGGAAGAACAUUGAGAGACUUUCUGGGUCUAAUUCGAAGUACGAACCCCAUAGUGGUUGUCAUGUCAGAGCAAGAAGCGGAGCACAACGAGACAAUGCUGGAAAGAAGGUUUUUGAAUUCUUUGAAAUGCUAUUCUGCUAUUUUUGACUCGUUAGAUUCAAGCCUUCCAGCAGAUAGUCCACUCAGGGUCAAGAUAGAAGAAAUGUUUGCUCGUGAAAUCAGGAAUAUAGUUGCUUGUGAAGGACGAGACAGGGUUGAAAGGCACGAAACAUUCGAGAAGUGGCGACAGUUGAUGGAGCAAGGGGGUUUCCGGUGCUGGGGAAUUAGCGAGAGAGAAUUGCUUCAGGGACAAAUGCUGCUGAAAAUGUACUCUUGUGACAAUUAUAGGGUGGAGAAGCAGGGACAAGAUGGAAAUGCACUUACACUGAGUUGGUUGGAUCAGGCUCUUUACACAGUCUCAACAUGGGCACCGGUCGACAUUGCAGGCAGUUCAUCCUCUUAUUCUCAGCCAACUUGA